AAAACAAAAAUCAUCAUUGAUAUCUCUACCUGCGAAAAAGGGUUGACGAAAAUGACGCUAUUUCGGUCUUGCCGUGUUCCAACAAGAAAUAGGAAUCAUCAUCAUGAAUUAUUAUUACUCAUCAUCACCAAAGUUUAAUGGGUUUUGUUUGCAUUUGUCAGAGAAACUUGGUUCAUUUUAUUGAAGGGUCAAGUGUGAUGUGUGAUCUUUUGAGCAUUGAGUGUUGUUACUGAAUCUGCUACUUACUUAUGUUUCGGAGACUGAGAUGGUUUGUGGGUCUCAAUCAGAAGAAUUGCUCAACUAAAAGGUUGGUCAAUGGUGACCAAGCUGGGCCAGACCAGCUUCCUGUGCUCGAUGCUGUUCAUGAAGUUGCUAUUUACAUUCAUAGGUUUCAUAAUCUUGAUCUUUUUGAACAAGGAUGGUACAAAAUUAAGGUUACCAUGAGGCGGGAGGAGGGUGAAGAUUCUUAUCCUGGGAUUCCUGCAAGGGUUGUUCAGUAUGAAGUUCCUGAAGCGGGAUCUGACAAUUUUGGUAGAGUUUGGAUGAUUGAUGAUACAGAUAACAGUUUUUCAACACCGCCAUUCCAGAUUAGAUAUGCAAGGCAGGAUGUGUUUCUUUCUAUCAUGAUCUCAUUCUACUUAUCUUUUGGUGAAUGUAAGGGACAAUCCUCUGCUGUUAUCUUGAAGUUUGAACUCAUGCGCGCUCCUAUGACUGAAACUGGGUCUGAGUUACAAGGUUCACUGGAUGCACACACCGCUUCAGUUCAUGAAUAUAAAAUCCCCCCUAAAGCUCUUCUGGGAUUGCAUUCAUAUUGUCCUGUCUAUUUUGAUGCUUUCCAUGCUGUGCUUAUUGAUACGAGUGUUCACAUCAGUCUUCUAAAAGCUAAUUAUCGCCCUUUUCCGCAGAAGGUAUCCAGUGAUUCUAAAGAUUCAGAAGGCACGUAUGUUGAAGAUUAUGUUGGGUCAAACAAGGUUAUGCUCAUCAAAGCAUUGAUGGCUGCUCAUGUUAUCCUGCUUGAAGAUUUGAGAAGAAUAAGCACAGGCAUUAACCAAGCUAUUGAUCUGACUGAUUUUACCUGUGAAUCAGAUGUUACAAAAUGGUUUAAUUCUACUCCACCAGCAGAUGUGGAAAGAAAUAAUGGUGAACCGACACUCCAACUGUCUAAUGUCAAUGCUGAGCAGAAAGCUACUCACUACAUCAAUUAUCUUACCGAGGCAUCAUUUCAACCUUUUUCUUGGGAUGAUCAUCUGUUAAACUAUUUCCAAUCUCUAGGGAAUCAGCUCUUAGGUCUUUGGAACAUAUUUCUGAAAUUCCACAGGGAAAACAAAACGAAAAUACUGGAAUUUCUAUGUAAGUCCUGGGCAAUAGAUCGGAGAACUGACUGGUCGAUAUGGAUGGUGUACUCAAAGGUUGCAAUGCCUCAUCAAUAUAUGAGCAACAGAGUUGAGGGGACGUCAUUGCACCACGGUGUACAUGGGAGCUCACUAAAUACAAGGAGGCUAACCGAUGAUCCUAUUCAAACUGCAACGAUGCGUGCAGAACGUCAUAGGCGAGGUAUAGCACAAAUGAGGAUUAACAAUCAGUCACUUCAAGAUAUGUAUAUAUUUGGAGAUCCGUUGCUUAAUCCUAUUAUUAUAGUGGAACAUUUGACAAAUGUGUACCAUUCUACGAGUGUGAAUUCAAACUUCGUAUAUUUGGAGGACGAAGUGAGACAUAUCCUAGAAAAUGGAUCCAGAGCCACAAACAAGUUGUGUGGGAGUAGCCCACAACAAAAUGGGCAUGUUCUGAAAGUAGUUGUUUUUGUUCAUGGAUUUCAGGGAAAUCAUUUGGAUUUACGGCUUGUUCGAAACCAAUGGCUUCUAAUAGACCCUGAUGUACAAUUUCUAAUGUCAGAGGUAAAUGAAGACAAAACAUCUGGAGAUUUCAGACAAAUGGGAUUACGGCUCGCAGAGGAAGCGAUCUCUUUCCUGAAGAAGAAGAUGGAUAAAGCUUCAAGACGUCGAAACAUAAGAGAUAUCAAGCUAAGCUUUGUUGGUCAUUCUAUUGGCAAUCUCAUUAUCCGGACGGCCUUAGCAGAGAGCAUCAUGGAGCCAUAUCUCAGAUACUUACAUACAUAUGUCUCCAUAUCUGGUCCACACUUGGGUUAUAUGUAUAGUUCGAACUCUCUAUUCAACUCGGGGCUGUGGUUAUUGAAGAAGUUCAAGGGCACACAAUGCAUUCAUCAACUGACCUUCACGGAUGACCCUGAUCUUGAGAAUACUUUCAUCUACAAUCUUUCCAAGGAGAAGACACUGGAAAACUUCAGGAACGUGAUUCUCUUGUCUUCACCUCAGGAUGGUUAUGUUCCAUACCAUUCUGCAAGAAUUGAAACGUGUCCAGCGGCUUCUUUAGAUUUCUCUAAAAGAGGGAAAAUCUUCUUGGAGAUGCUGAAUAAUUGCUUGGACCAAUUCCGAACUUGCUCUGACCAUCGUGUGAUCAUGCGCUGUGACAUCAACUUCAACACCUCUUCCUAUAGUAGGAACCUAAACACCCUUAUUGGACGGACAGCUCACAUUGAGUUCUUGGAGUCUGACAUUUUUGCGAAGUUCAUAAUGUGGUCUUUCCCGGAGCUGUUUAGAUAGCAAAGAAGGGAAGCUUACAUGGAAUUCAGGCAGCUUUGUUGAUUUAGAGAAACAGUCAGGCUAACUGAAUACACAGUUUGGCGAUCAAAACGCUUCUUAGACUAUUAAGGGUUAAAACUCCAUGAAGAGUUGAUGCGAAAUUCAAGCCUGUGACAUCACAUGAGCCUUGAAAUAAGUCUCUUGUAAAUGUUUGACUGUAAAUUAGACUUACAAUGGAUCUGACCAUUUUUGCUCUGCCAAAGAACCUGAGACUUACAUGCAGGAGUUGAUUCGGUUUUGCAAGUUAAAGCAGACAUGCAUGUACAAAGAACAAUAGCAUUUGUGUACCAUAUUUGUUAUAGUUUAUAGAAAUUAGAAGCUGUUCUGCAAGGUUUGGAACCUAGCCAAAAUGUACACGGACAGUUGAUAUUCAAAGAAUUUUCCGGACUAUACUUCACAAACA